GCGUCGCGGCACAGUAGCGAAGUGUCCGUUGGCACGAAUGCAUUUGGCGGUUUAUUGAUAAUUCUUAGUUUCUUCGUUGGCGCGUCGUUUCUCGUCGGUAAAACUUAGUCGAUUCCUUUAUCCUUACUUUCUCGUACGUUCACCGAUUACCGCGUACAUUAAGAUUAUGUGGUCAAAAAGUUCGACUCGGUAUUCGAAGAAGCGCCGAUCGUCGUCCAUCGUCCUUCUUCGUUUCUGUGUUUGAAGGAACGCAUGCGGUGCUUCGAUUCGUCCUGACGCCGCCGGGGCCCCUUCGCCGAUUUUGCCAACUGGAUUUUUUUUUUUUUUUUAUCCUCUCUUGUUGUGUCCCACUAUCAGCUAACAACUACACCUCGUCAUAGUCGGCAUGGCGAACGCCGGUCUUGAAGUACGAGAGGCUGGCCGGGCCUUGCGAGUUCAAACGGAAGCACCGCAUCUUGUGUCCAUGGGAAGCGGACGAUUGUCGACGGCAGUGACCUUGCAUCCUUUACCCGAAGGUAGAAUUACUCUCGGCUCGAACAGGGAUGCUGAUAUUCCAGUGGCUGGUACCGGAGUCGAACCCAUUCAUUGCGCGAUCGAAAACAAUAACGGCGUGGUCACUCUUCAUCCCAUAAAUGGAAACACGGCUAUCGAUGGUGUCCCGAUAAAUUCAUCGGUGAGACUCGCUCAAGGUUGCAUGCUGUCGAUAGGGAGAUCGAAUUACAUGCGCUUCAAUCACCCUGCCGAGGCCAAGCAACUCCGAUCGGUACUGCCACAUUCAAGAAUUUCCAUGGCACCCAUAAGCUUCUCUCUACCCGAUAAUCAACUUCAGGAGGGCUGUCACUUGGAAAGAAAGCCACCGGUUGCACCAAGAAAGUCACCGAGGAAUUCUUGUUCGGACGACGAAGUUGGCUUCCUUGGGAAGUUAACGAAAUUUGAGAUGUUGGCUAAGCAAAACAGAAACAACUGUGUAUCACCGAAAGUAUUCCCAGCUGGUGGUAUAACGACUAACGUUCCGGCUGAUCAGAUUUUAGGACAUUCUAGAACACCAAAUUCGUCGGCAAGGAACAGUUCGAAUUUAUCGAGCAACAAUAAUUCCCCUCUUCAGAAUCUAACGAAUUUGGAUAGAAGUCGUUCUAAUACGCCGUGUUUCGUAACGUCAUCGCCUAAUCAUCAUUGUUACGAAGACAAUCGUCAAUCUACGGAAAGUAAAAAUCACAGUAGAUCUAAUACACCGAAUCAAAACUCUCCUAUGCUCGAUCACAAUCGUUCUUUACCUUAUCAAAACUCACCUACCCUAAAUCGUAAUCAAAUACAGAUGUUUUCAACGGCGGAGACUUAUUUGAAGACUUACAAGCCGUAUUAUCGCGAUAAUAAAAGUGAGAACGAUCAAGGCAAUCAGAAUUUCGUAAUGCCACGAAACUCGACGUCUCGUACGGAUUUAAUGUCUCGUAGUAUGACGUGUCAAAGAUCAAACGAUUUAGAUGAUCUCGGUGUUGGUAGGGAAUUCGACAUGAGCCAGAGUCUGAUCGUUACAAAAACUACCACAACGGAAUACCUGCAGUUGGAGAAAUUUGGAUCGAAUUCAAGCCUUUGUAACGGUUCGGUGACGUCCAAUCGUUGCAACAGUAACGUUAGUAAUACCAGCGGUGUAGUUAGGAACGCCGUCGGUCCAAAUUUUGGUUCGAAUCCAAAUAUCAAGAGGAUUCAACCUCCGAGUCCGGCAUUUAAUCGUAACCCUAAAUACAAUGGAGAACAGACUAGAACGUAUGGUCGAGUUAAGAGUCCAACACCUAGCGUAGGAAGUGGUUGCUCGUUGGAGGAACUUCGUGAACGGCAAAUCGAUGCUGAAAACAAACGUCGUGAGGCUGAGAAUAAAAGAAAGAGGGCACAGGAAGAGAGAUUGAGAGAGCAGGAGAUUGAAAGACAAGAGAAAAUGAGAUUGGAAGAAAUUUUAGCUAUGUGUGCGGAAUAUGAAAGACAAAGUACCAUCGACAAACCCAGACAACCUAAUAGAAUCAAAACGAAUGGUUCCCUACCACGAGACAAACGAUUAGGAGGUGGCUACGUAUCACCAUACGAAAGUCCUAAAAGUCCAUCGAAGAAUCAACCACAUUUUUCCUUUGAAACAUGUAAACAACAACCGUUAACGAAUAAUUAUGAAAAUGUCACGGUACAAAAUUCAAAGGUGAUCUUUCAAAAUAAUACUUCGCCCGUCGAUCCGAAAGAUCAAAUCCCACAAAAAUUGGAAAAUCUAAUGGUCCAAGAUACUACGAUUCAACAAGCUAUACCGAAUAAUAGUAACAACAAUAAUCAAGCAAACAAAUGGACGAAUAACACGGGUGGUCAUAGCUUUUCUAAUUCGAUUUCCCAAGUUCGUACACCCAAUUAUGAGAAUAUCAAUUUCGAUCGAGCCGGAGUUAAUAACAACAACAAUAACAACAACAACAGCGAAGAACGAGAAAGUACAAAAGAGACAUCGACUUAUGGGACGAUUCAGUUGAACGGUACUAAAAUUCCAACGCAACAACAAACUGUUUUGGCACAAAAUUAUGAAAGAUUCGUGUCUUCCAACGGUAACUUGAGUUUAUACGAGAACGUAAUCGUAUCAUCGAUACCACCACCGCCAUCUCCAAACAGCAAUACUAAUCAUCAUAAUAAUAACAGUAAUAGUAAUAACAACAAUAAUAACAACAACAAUAACAAUAAUAAUAAUAAUAAUAAUCAAAAUCAUUCCAUGCCAAAGAAAAAUGGUCAGCUAUCGAAUUCAUGCGAAAUGAUAGAAAAUAAAUUGACAAUAUCGAACGACGAUCUUUUAGAAGCGAUCGAACAAUUGUCUAUGUUAUCAAAAUCCAAAGAAAUUUGUACUACACCGAAAAGAAAUAAUUCCGAGAAGGAUAACGCGAAAUCGAACGAGGCCAAGGCUGAUAAAGAAAGGAAAGUGUUGGAAGAGGAAGAUAGAAAGAAGUACAUCGAAUUUUUGCAAAACGAAAAACUUCACAUUCUUAGCAACAUGGAUGCCUUGAAGAGAAGCGUUGCUGAUAUUGAAAUACAAGAGGAAGAAAUCAGCAGAGAGCUGGAGUUGGAGAAGGCUCUCUUAUCAGCUGAGUACGAGUCUGAAUCUUUAAAGUUGACACAAGAGGAGAGUGAAAAGAUAAAGGUCCAGAUGAGGAUCAAUGAACUCGAAAGAGAAAUGGCUGAGGAUAACACGACCCAAGCAAAAUUACAGGCAGAAGCUAAACAAAGAGUACAGAGAGCUCAGCAAGCUUACGCCAGAUUGGAAGAAGAAUUAACGUGUUCCACGGAUGAGAUGGGAGAACAGGAGGACAUUGCUGAAAAAUUGGCAGCUCAGCAAGAUAUCCUUGAGACUGAGAGAAAAGCUUUCGAGGAUUUAGAAUUUCAUCAUCUGGAAGAAGAAGCAAGUAAACUUGCUACCAGAGAGGAAUUGCAAAGGUAUUUGAGCGAGCUGACAUCAAGAAUAGAAGCGAAGAAAGCUCAGUUAAACAAUUUGGAGUCUCAACGAUCAGAAGCUAACAAUAUGGCGACAAAAGACGCCAGAAGUCUUGAGAGACAAAAGUUAGGUCAUUUGAAACGAUUAGAAGAAGGAAGAAACAGAUUGCGAACCAUCAACGAUGAACUCGAAAAUUUAGCACAAAAUUCCUGCGAAAAUUGCGAAGAGAAACGAUCACCGAGCAGGGAAGAUUUCGACAGAAUCUCCAGAGUCACCAUUGACUCUCCCAUAGUAAAUAAUCAGGGCAGCUUAGGUAGGAAGACUAUAGAGUCCCUCAAGGAAAUUGAGAGAAAUCGGCAGCUUCAUUUAGCGAAACAAGGUAGCCAAGUGAUUUCCGAAGAAAGGAGAAGAGUGGAGGAACUUAAAAGGCGUGUACAAGACGAAGUACGUUCUCAAUGGGAAGAAAGAAAAAUGAAUUGUGCUUCAUUCAAUAGCGUUGAAUCGGGUGAAGAAUCCUCGAGCUAUUCAACUGGCUUAACAGAAAGUGGAAGCGGCAGUAGCGACGGAGCAGACGGUGGAACCGGCGAGAAAUUAUCACCAAGCAAACUUUCGGAACUCACAUCGCCCAGUCCAGGACCGUCUAAUAACUCCUACAGUUUGCUUCAAAAUGAUAACAUGAGAGAUGAUAGGAGAACGUCGAUGGAAGGGGAAAGGCUCAGUAACAACAGUGGUGGUAUCGUUGACGGAAACGGAAGCCGACCUCUUUCACAGAUCUCCAGUGAAAUGGAUACUAUCGGGCCACUUCAACCUGUCAAACAUCGAGAAAAGGCUAAACUACAGAGGCCACUAACGAGAUAUCUACCUAUAAAAUCAGAAUCCUUGGAUCUAAGGCAUCACAUAGAAACUGCCGGACAUCAGUUACAAUUGAUCGAUGAUGUCACGGUUAAUACUACCAGUUGCAGUGGGUAUUUGUCAAAGAUGAGUAAAAAGUUUCAUCAUUGGAACAAACGAUGGUUCGUUUUCGAUCGUAAGAGGAAGACCUUGACGUAUUACAGUGAUAGUAGCUCGAAAAAAGCACGUGGAGUUAUUUACUUUCAGUCGAUAGAAGAGGUCUAUGUUGAUCACAUGAACACAGUGAAGUCACCUCAACCAUCAUUGACCUUCAUCAUCAAAACUUCAUCGAGAUUGUAUCAUCUGAUGGCGCCUAGUCCAGAAGCCAUGAGAGUUUGGGUUGAUGUCGUUUUCACAGGAGCCGAAGGAUAUCACGAAUUCGAUCAUGGCGUUUGAAGAGAGAAAGAACAAAGGAAAAUAACGCUUAUAAUAAUUAAUUUGCAUUUUUGAAAAAAAAAAAAAAAAAAGAAAAAGAAAAAGAUCUCUUGGUAGAGUAACCUCGAUCCUUUAAUUUCGGAUAAUAAAAAAUGAGAAGAAGAAAAAAAGAAAAUAGAUGCCUGUUGAAGAUAUGACGGGGAGUUGGGAUAAUUUAAAAGGAUUAUUAAGAAUUUACGUCCUUUUGUUAUUAUCGAUUAUAAUGUCGAUUAUGAUAAAUUAGAAAAAACAAAAAAAAGAAAAAAGAACAUUUAUACAAACGGAAGUAUACGAGUAAAGUACAUUUAAUAAUUAAAAAAGAAAAAUUUAUAAAUAAAUUAAAAAUUAUAUACUAUUCGAAUGAUUUUUAAUUAUGAUCAGCUGCUGAGACUGAGUUUAUAGGAGAGAUAACGAUCAAUGUACUUUCUACAAUGAAAUUUCUUCUCUAUUGCCAUAAUUAGCAUGAGUUUUUUUUUUUUUUAAGCAUGAUUUUAGGAUUAUUAGCUUUUGUAUGAUCGAGUAAGCCGAUUUUUUUUUCUCCUCUUUAUGUUCGUUCGAUCACACAUUCGAUCUAACUAAAUUUACAUUGGCUUGUUAUCACAUCUGUAAGAUAAGGAUGUAAAAAAAAAACGAAAAUAAAAGAGAGAGAGAGAGAGAGAGAGAGAGAGAGAGAGAGAGA